CAGUGUCUGUGUGUCCGUGGUGAGACAUCAUGUUCCAGCUGCUGCUGCUGGCUGCGGUGCUGCUUGGAGGAUAUCUGGUCCUCACUCAGACUCUCUUUAAAAGGUCUAAAUGUAAAGGGACCGCGGCCGUGGCCGGGAAGACCGUCAUCAUCACCGGAGGGAACACGGGCAUCGGGAAGGCCACGGUGCUGCAGCUGGCUCGCCGUGGAGCACGAGUCAUCCUGGCCUGCAGGAACCGAGACAAGGCCGAGACCGCCAUCACACACGUCCAAGAGGAAACAGGAAGUACUGACGUGAUCUACAUGCCGUUGGACCUGGCCAGUCUGAAGUCUGUCCGCUGCUUCGCUGAAAUGUUCCUGAAGACUGAAACCAGACUAGACCUGCUGAUCAACAACGCUGGUCUGGUGGCUGACGGACGCACUGAGGACGGUUUCGGCAUCCAGUUUGGGGUCAACCACCUGGGUCACUUCCUGCUGACGAACCUGCUGCUGGAGCGUCUGAAGGAGUCGGGAGGAGGACGAGUGAUCACGCUGUCCUCCAUGGCUCACCGCUGGGGACACAUUGACCUGGAGGCUCUGGCUGUGAACAGACACCUGGGGACAGGGCAGUACAGCUGGCAGUUCUUCCAGGCGUACUGCAACAGCAAACUGUGCAACGUGCUCUUCACCCAUGAGCUCGGCAAGAGGCUGCAGGGCUCCAGUGUCACCUGCUACAGCGUCCACCCAGGUGUGGUGCGGACCGAGCUGUCCCGUCAUGUGGGUCUGUGGCAGAAGGUUUUCAUCGAGCCGGUGGCUCAGCUUCUGUUCCUGGACCCUGAGGCCGGAGCUCAGACCACGCUGCACUGCUGCCUGCAGGAGGGCCUCGAGCCUCUGAGUGGACGCUACUUCUCCUGCUGCUCCGUGCAGGACGUCUGUGCCGCCGCCCAGGAUGACGCUGUGGCCCGGCGGCUGUGGGAGGUCAGCGAGCAGCUCUGUGGACUCUCAUAGGGCCGAACGUUCAGCAGAAGAAAUGUGAAGAAUUAUUCUGUCUGCUGGCUCCAACUGAGUUCUCUCUGGACACUUUAAAAAGACAUUGAAAAGUAGCAUCAUUAAACAUUGUAAUAUGCAAAUUCUUUCUGGCAAAUUAAAAACUGUGUAAAGACAAAAUAUAUUUAAUGUUUUACUUCACCAGUGUCACAGAUCUGAGUCUAUAUAUUCUGUCUGUGACAACAAGACAGAAGAACCAAAACACUUUAUACAGGUGAACAGGUGAACAGUUUAACUGGUGAACAGGUAAACUGGUGAACAGUUAAACAGUUUAACUGGUGAACAGGUGAACUGGUAAACAGUUUAAGUGGUGAACAGAUGAGCAGGUGAACAGUUUAAGUGGUGAAUAGGUGAACUGAAGUAGUGUACUCAUCUUAGUGAGCUGGUCCCAGCUGGUCCAGGUCCACGCAGCUCCAGCAGGGCCUU